AUGAGUGGUGAGUGGUUUGGCCGGAAGAAUGCAGUGGAGCGGGGAGCAUCCAAGCCCCGCUUGGCUGCCUUUGCGCUCAAGGCCAUCCCUGCUCCCCUAACUUCGAUCGAUAACACUCGCGCAAGGGAGCUGUUGGAGAUGACUCCCUGGAAGACUUCGGUACUCGAUGUUGUGGAAAAUUUUCUUCAGCUGGAGAAGGAGUGGCUCAGUAAGGGUCUAACGAUUCGAGACCCCUACCCUCGCUGA